AUGGUCAGGAUCCGUGCUCCAAUUUGGCUUUUCUUUGAUGUCAACAAAUUGUGUGCCAGCAAAGAUAGAAAAUGCUCUUAUCUGCCCAGUAAACGCGGAGGACCGAGGAAGAAGAAGACCUCCAUCUCUCCAGAGAGAAGCGACCAGCAGGAUGGCUUUCAAAACGAGGUCAUUACUCCGACUUCCAACUUCAAUGAAUCAUCCGGGGGUAUGUUCGGGCAGAUCGACGUGCUCUCCGUGCCAGGAGCCGGAUUGAGAUCUCUGGAUUUUUCUUCAGAUGUGCAGUCUAUGUUUGUGGACCUCUUCCCUGCCAAUGAAGCAGUGCAUACCCAUGUCCAAAUGGAACCAACCCCCUCGCCAUCCAACGAAGCUUCGCAGUUUCUGGUGAGGACAUAUAGCAGUGAACACGAAAUAUUAAACGCAUAUUAUGACUUCAUACACCUUUAUUUUCCCAUCCUUCCGCCUAGGAUCAACCGUCCUUGUCCUGAUCGGCCGUUGAAUUGUGCGGGGUCCUGUGCAGAUUCUCCCUCCGAAGAGCCCAUCCUGUUGUACCGACCGCAGUCUCCUCUUAGUCUUGCGAUAUCCGCCAUUCUCGCCCUGAUACCGCACCCAAAUGACCCAGAACCGACGUCUGCUGGCGCUGUGCUGCAGCGUAGGACCUACGCCCAUACAUUCGCACAACUGGCCAACAAUAGCAUCGAGGCAGACUGCGAGCUCCAUGCUUCGUCUACGGAACCAGCACAAGCAUUAUCAAAUGAUCGACCGCUUAUCAACCGUGAACCAUUUCAUAUCAAUACGCCCGUUGAGCUCGAGCGCAUUCUCGCUUUACUCGUCCUCUCAGUCUACGAGUACACCCAACGAGGCAAUUUGCUGAAGAUGAGAUACCGUGCAGGCCAAGCAUUGGCAAUAGCAUUGGACAUGUCUCUACAUUCGCUGGGAGAAGAAUUUGAUGAGUUUGCAGAAGCCAGACGGAGGACUUGGUGGAUGACAUAUUAUUGCGUCCUUCAAGGCUCUAUAGUCAGCACAACUCCGCCCUCUAUCACGUUGCAUGACCCUCAGUUUGUUACUCCUUAUCCACGAUUUGCGUCUGAUCCCGAUGGUUGGUCUAUUCUGAUACAAGCGCAACAAGUGAUAGUCUCGUCGACCCAGUUUAUCAUUGAUCUAAACAAGUGCAUCAGAACAGGGUCGAAUUGGCAUUACAUCUACGAGCGCAUGCAACAACUCGACGCGUGGUCGAAAUCUAUCCUGGCACAGUCGAAUUUGCCUCCUAUCAACUGUGGUGACCAAACGGAGGCAAUCACAGCUCAAAGCAUUCGUGCAAUUUCGCGAAUUAAGCUGUCCAGUGCACAAAUCAAGACCCAUCGUUUCCGAGCGUUCUCCGACAUCCCGAUAUUCAUCAAAAAGCAUUGCGAUCUGACAGCAGCAAGCUCCAACAACGCAAACGUGAAUAAUUUCCCCAAAGCGUCAAGGGCCCAGAGCGGGAUAUCUAGUAUCCAAUGUUCAUGCAGCAGUAUGGAACCUUUUCAAAGCGCUUCAUCGUCAGACUAUACCGGUUCCUCCGCUUCUUCCACACCCUCAGAUGCCCAAUCGAUCCCGCAGUACCCAUUCCGCAAUGACUUCCCAUACACUAGCCAACAGUCCGCCAAAGUUUGCCUGAGGGCGGCUUUUCUAAUCUCCCACAUGUUCUCAAGUUUACCUCUACCGGAGCCGUUAUAUGUACCAGGCGAUGGGCAGGAGACCCCUUUACACCAGCCUCCGCGCACUAUGCCCUCAUUCGCAUGCUGUCUUAUGCAAGGUAGCUAUGCUUUGUUGAUGAUUUUCUACAAAGCACGCGUGGCAAAACAGCUAUCCCCCGGAUUCGACUACGACAACACCGGUAAUCCAUCGGAUCGGCUCGUUGAAGAACUUCGUCAGGGUCUGGGUCGUCUCAUUUCUGCCGUGGGAAACUACGCAAUUGCAUUCGAGGCUUUGGACGGCAUGAGAGAUGAAAUCGCAGGUGCAUAUCAGACGGCAUUUCCCCAGGUGUAA